CAACAACGCCACCAACCACCAUGUCUAGCUUCUUCGACGACAACUGCCCUUCCAAGAGAGCCAAGCCCGGACAGACCUCUCACGGUGCCGCUUCCCCCGACGGCUUCAAGAUUGUCGGUGAGGUUUUCCCUGGUCGGCUGUGCCCGGAGGACAACAAGGACCUCCUGAAACGCUACACCAACGGUCGCCUCUUCGUCGUCUGCCUCGGCAACAUCAAGGACGACCCCUCCACCUGCCAGUUCACCGCGAACUGUUUCGGAAAAGACCGUGUCAAGCCCGGCGAGGAGUCGAAGAUCGCCUGCAUCUUCUGCACGGUGCUGGUCGAGCACACCCUCUCGCUCGGCAGGAGCACCGGCCGCACGGAUCCCGUGACGGGAAAACUGAUCUACCAGAACGUCCACGUCUACUUUGACACCUGCUGGGGAAAGAAGAGAGCCUUCGACCCCAAGACGAACAAGGAAGUGCUGUCUCACUUCACAACCGCCCCCGCUUCCCUCGUCGGGGUAUGA